CUUAUUUUAUUCCUGAUGUUAUUUCAUCUCACAUCACGAACCUGUAUCUUUGAACCCGUUUAGAGAAUGAUAAACCAAGAAUGAUAGACCAGGGUUUCCACCAGCCGCCAUAUUUUUUAUUUUUUUUUUUUAUUUCUGAGACAACUGCAUUGGCAUUGAAUGCAUCCAUUUGGAGCUUGCACAAAUCUAUACGGCGCCGGAUGAUUUACCAUCCGAGACACGUCAUUAUCGAAAAUGGCCGAUUCAAAUACAAUCGAAACCACGCACACACACGCACCCAUAGCACAAAAUUAUAUAUACAUGUAUCAAUAGGACUUAUAUCAAUACCUAAGCAACAACCGACUAAUUGGCUUGUUUAUCGGUACUGGUCCGACAGAUCAGUUUCUUCGCCUAUUAGACGAUUCAACAAAACUUCCGGACAAUCCAAACAUAAACCUGAAUGUUUUGCCCAAAAAAAUGUCGAGGCUCAACGGGAUCGAGUACUCAUAGGCGGCAGUCCGAAAACCAUCCGUCUAAUGCCCAAUUCUUAGAAGCUCCAUGUUUUAGUCUGCCCGGCUAAUACAACUCCACGUCCGUCGUAAAAUAGAACGCAGAGCCUAAUUAUUCUGCUUUCCGGGGGUUCAACUUUCAUGGAGAAGAAAAAAAAGAAAGGAAAAAAGAGAAAAAACUUCGAAAGCCUAAAAAAUGAUUGAAAUAGUUUUUUUUUCUUAUCCACUUAUUAAAGCGUUCCACAUGGUACAUGGUCUGGACCACAUUGACGGAUCUGGGAAGUUGUAAGAGUCCCCAGUCCCCAGUCUCCAGUC